AUGCACGUGGCUGUUUGCGUGGCGGGCGAGGCGCGGUCACUCUGGCAGCCCGAGGUGCACUCCGGGCUGCUCGAGAACCUGUGGCGCCUGGAGCUCGGGGGCACCCUGCUGGACACCUACCUCGCACUCGCGGAGCAGGACGAGGCCGCCGCGGCCCGGCACCGGGCGGUUCUGCGGGCGCUGCGCCCCCGGGCGGUGAGCUUCGACCGGCGCGGGGACUGCGAGGGCUCGCCGCUGCACUUCUGCGGGCUCUGGCUGAAGUUCCGCAGGUGCCGCGACAUGAUCGAGCUCGCAGAGUCGGAGCUGGGCGUCGCCUACGCCUGGGUCCUGCGGGUGCGGCCCGACGCGCGGUGGCUGGACAAGUUCCCGCCACCCCGGGGCCUCUCCACGAGUUUGGUGCACGCGCGCCUGCGAUGCCCGGGGCUCGAUCGGGUGAGGACGAAGGCGCUCUCGCACCACGUCAUCAAAGGGACCCCCGAGCUCUUGCCCGGCAAGUGCUGGCCGGCGCCUGGGCGUGGGGCGCUCCAACUGCUCAGCUGCGCCUGCCCGCUGUGGGGCUGCCCGGCGGAGGAGCAGCUGGUCGACGACAACGCGGCGUGGGUGCCGAGGCGGCUGCUCCGGAGGUACUUCGGGGUCGAGGGUGAGCUGACCGAGGGCCUGAGAAGUUUCCACCCAUCUGGAGGCCCUGCUCACCAACCACCUCCGGAGGGGCGGCGUGUCGUUCGCGCCAGCGGAAGUUUCACUUCGUGA